AUGGGUUCCUCAAUAUGGUUGCUUCUUAUCUUCUCUACGCUACGUUACUCGCAGAUAUAUAGUAUUGAGGAAGAGGACCCUGUUAUAUAUGUAUCCAGCUCGAACGACGCAUUAAACGCACAAGCGUUCGGGCAGGUGCUCUACCCCUUGUUGGAAAUUUUAAGAGACCGAGCUGCUUCAGGGGAUUCUCGAAAAAAAUAUGCAGCAGGACAUGCAACUGUUCCGGGAUACGAAACUAUAUAUGCACAGGCGGAGUGCACUCCGGACCUAGACAAAGUCAGUUGCAGUAAUUGCCUGAAGAAUUGCAUCUCUGCCAUUCCACGAUGUUGUGGUGGAAAGCAAGGAGCUAGAAUUCUUAAACCAAGCUGUAAUAUAAGGUAUGAGGUCAGUCAAUUCUAUGAGUCUACAGCUGAUUCAGUAGUAAAUGUUUCAGCUCAUCCAGCUCCAGCUCCUGUACUUCCACCUAAGCAAGGAAAGAAGAGUAACACAAAAAGAAAUAUCAUCAUUAUCAUUGUGGUUGUGAUUGCUUUUGACACUAUGCUUCUGGGCGGCAUAUGCAUUUUCUUAAGAGUCAAGCAGCCAAAGGUAAAACUUGAUGAUAAUAAUUCUGAAGAAAUUAGCCUCGCUGAAUCGUUACAAUAUGACUUUGAAGAUAUAAGAUCUGCAACGGAUGACUUUUCGGAUAAAAAUAAGCUUGGACAAGGUGGAUUUGGAGCUGUUUACAAGGGUAGACUAUUAAACGGACAAUAUAUAGCUGUGAAAAGGCUCUCCAAGAGUUCCACACAAGGUGAUCGGGAAUUUAAAAAUGAAGUCAUGUUACUUGCUCAACUUCCACAUCGAAACUUAGUAAGGCUUUUAGGCUUUUGCUUGAAAGGAGAGGAAAGGCUACUCAUUUACGAAUAUAUACCUAAUACAAGUCUUAAUCACUUCAUUUUUGAUCCAAUUAAUCAUGGACAUUUGGACUGGGAAACACGUUACAAAAUCAUAGGAGGAAUUGCUCGUGGUCUUCUUUACCUCCAUGAAGAGUCUCGAAUUCGAAUUAUUCACCGUGAUCUUAAAGCUAGCAACAUUCUGCUAGGUAAAGAUAUGAACCCAAAAAUUGCAGAUUUUGGUAUGGCUAGAAUGUUUGUCAUAGAUCAAACUCAAGGAGAUACAAUGACCAUCGUUGGGACCUAUGGAUAUAUGGCACCAGAAUAUGUAAUUCACGGGCGCUUUUCAGUAAAAUCAGAUGUCUUCAGUUUUGGCGUGUUAAUUCUUGAGAUAGUUAGUGGCAAGAAGAUUGGUAGUUUCCGGAAUGGUGAAAAUGAGGAGGACCUUUUAAGCUAUGCCUGGAGAAAUUGGAGGGACGAUACAAUUCCAAAUAUCAUAGAUCCCACAUUGAUAACAGGCUCAAGAAAUGAAACGAACAGAUGCAUUCAUAUUGGUUUGCUAUGUGUUCAAGAAAAUGCGAAUGACAGACCAACCAUGGUUUCCCUUACUUCCAUGCUUAACAGUCAUUCUCUCACACUCCCAAUACCCUCGAAACCUGCAUAUUAUUCGCAAUACAAUUCUGAAUUAGACAUAUCCAGGUUGGGAUUGAGACUUACUGAGACAUUUGAUGAAUCCAAAAACUUUGUGUAUGUGUCAAGAAAUGAGGUUUCGAAUAUUACUGAACCAUACCCACGUUAG